GCUUUCUUCGUGUGCGACCCUAUGCCUUCUACUAUUGCAAGAAGCAGGGGUGCAAAUGCGAAUGCGCCUGUUUCAUGCGGGAGCGGUACUGCCCGAACUGCGGCCACGUACGAUUUCUGCACUACUCCAGCUUCAAAAGAGAUGUGUCCAAUCCCAUCAUCAAGUUCGGCUACAUGGGUGCAGGUAAGACAGCCUUCGGGAAGCUCCGGCAGGACAUCCUGCAGCGCUGCAUGCUCCGACGCACGAAGGAGGAAAGAAAGGCAGACCUCAAGCUGCCACCGAUCAAGGUCAUCAUUCGGAAGGACAAGCUGUCAAAGCAGGAAAUGGAUUUCUACUCCAGCAUCUACAUGCAGUCUUGCGUCAAGUUUGACACCUUCGUGCACUCAGGCACCGUUUUGCACAACUAUGCCCACAUCUUCGAUUUGUUGACCUCGCUGCGACGAGCGGUGGAUCACCCGUACCUCAUUGUGUACGGGGGUGGGCAGGGGACGCACAAGCUGCCUGCGGGCAAGGCCUUGCUGCCUGCGAACGCAGGAAAAGUCUGCGGCCUUUGCCAGGACGACAUAGACGAGAACGAGGAGACCAUGCGAGAGGCAAAAUGCGGCCAUGUUUUCCAUGAUGAGUGCAUCCGGGCAUACAUCGCCGACGCACCAGCUCUGAAGUCUGGAGGAGUUGGAUGUCCAGUCUGCUUCACAAAGUUGACAGUCAACCUCGAGGAUGCAGACGAUGAAGGUGACGGCACGGAGGAGACGCCGAAGAAGAAGUCUCGAAAAGCUGUGUACUGCACGCCAGCGAAGACCGCCAAGCCACGCAGCUCGAGCCCUGCACCCAAGGCCAAGGCAAAGACAGCAAAGCUGGCGCUGCCGGCGCCCGCUGAAGAGACCUCCAAGUCUGUCGCCAAGGGCGGUUUCGGGCCCGGGAGCAUCAUGAAGAAGGUGAAAGCCUCCGAGUUCCAAAGCAGUACCAAGAUCGAAGCGGUCGUAGACGAGAUCAACAAGAUGAUUCAAGGCGAUAAUGGCGCCAAGGGGAUCGUGUUUUCGCAAUUCGGCUCCAUGCUUGAGCUGUUGGAAUUUCGCCUGAAGCGAGCCGGCAUUACUUGCGUCAUCUUCCGAGGUGGCAUGUCUAUGCAGGCGCGGGAAGAUGCUCUGGCAGCCUUCAAUGAGGAUCCCAACAUGAAGGUCAUCCUUAUCUCCUUGAAAGCGGGAGGCGAAGGCUUGAACCUGCAGGUGGCCAAUCACGUCUUCCUCAUGGAUCCUUGGUGGAACCCUGCGAGUGAGAUGCAGGCCAUCCAGCGAGCACACCGCAUUGGACAGACCAAAGCUGUGAAAGCUGUCAGAUUCAUCACCUCGGAUACUAUCGAGGAGAAAAUCAUCAAACUCCAGGAGAAGAAGCAGCUGGUCUUCGAUGCUUCCAUCGAUGGCUCCGCGACCUCCCUCGGAAAGCUUACAGAACAGGACCUGCGCUUCUUGUUCCAGCACUAG